AUGACCAAGGUGCUGGCCAUCAGAUCGAAUGGCCGCAACGACAAUUACAUCGGCGAAUGGCCCGCUGGCCUUCUGUCUGCAGGAAGGGUUCCUCAUCCAGUUGACGAAAGGAUCGCUUGCGGUUUUCCCGCGCCGAUUGAAAAAAAUCGCUGGCAAGUUGGUCUGAACAUUACGCAAUCCAAAGGUUGCGGCGGAGUCAUCUACAAGGAAAACAUAGUUCUGACAGUGGCACACUGUGUUCGAGGACGUAAUGCCAGUGACAUUUCUGUGUCUUUCGGAUCCUCGACAUGGGGAGGAGAUAACCAAAGAGUUGUGGAUAAAGUUAAAGUUCACGAAGAUUAUUCUCCGGAAACAAACUACGGAAGUAAUGCCAAUGAUAUUGCUCUGCUCCUUUUGCGUACGCCCAUUCCUUUGGGAGAAAAGGCUUAUCCCAUUGAGAUAGCGAAGGAAGCACCGAAACCAGGACAAUGGGCACAGAUCACUGGUUGGGGUAACACACAGGAAGGUGCCACCGAUCCUGGCACUGCAACCCUGCAGGGAGCCUACGUCCAGAUAGAAGACAACGCCCGUUGCCAGAUUGCCUACAGUGAAAGCCAACCGUCUUGUAACACUCACAAUGUAGAAAUUACUGAGGAUAUGAUUUGUGCCAAUGGAUUGGGCAAAGGACCUUGCGGCGGUGACUCCGGUGGACCUUUGGUCAGUAUUCCCGGCAACCAGCUAAUUGGCCUCUCGUCAUGGAAUUCCUUCUGUGGUCAUCCCUUGAUCCCCGAUGUCUACGCCAAUGUGGUUGUGCUCAGGAAUUGGAUCGAGGCCGCAGCCUAUUCUAUCAUUAACCCGCUUUUGAUCAGUGUUCCCGAAAACUCGCCUGUAGUCAGUGUUCCCGACACUCAGCUGCAAAAUUAA